AAAGCAUAGUAGUGCACUCUUAAACCAGGUGUCAAAUGGACAGUCUGUCGAAAUACUGUGCUGAGCAGUGUGGUAAUCUCUAUCCAUUCUUUCUUAUCAGCAGAGCUCAAAGCCCUCGAGGAAACGAUGAGCAUUGGUUUAUCUGUGGGGACAGCAAAACCACGCUGUCUCACCGGGUUUGUUCCAGGCUGUUGACCCAGUAAGAAGCCUUUGUCUCCUGCGGUUUUGACUACAGAUCAAACUUCCCUGUGCUGUAGUGUAUUCAUUCCCACAAGAACAUAAUGUGACACAUCUUGAUCCCUCACUGACUGACUUACACGGAGGACACCAUGCAGGAGUGCCACACUGGGCUGUGUCUGUCUGUCUACAUCAUUACCUUUUUGCUGGGCUUCCCCGCCAAUGUCCGCUUCUACACAUUCUGCAAGAAAGUGAGGCAGAAACCCACACCGAUUGAUAUCCUCCUCCUCAACCUGACCAUCUCUGACCUCCUUUUUCUCCUCUUCCUGCCUUUCAAGAUGCAGGAAGUGAUGAACAACAUGCUCUGGGACAUGCCCUAUGCUCUCUGUCCGCUGUCUGGCUUCAUCUUCUACAUGACCAUCUACAACAGCACCUUCUUCCUGACUGCGGUCAGCGUAGAGCGCUACCUGGGCGUGGCUUUCCCCAUCCAGCACACCCUGAAAAGGCGACCUAUGUAUGCUGUCGCCGCAAGCAUCUUCUUCUGGAUGUUCACCUUCGUCCACCUGAGCAUUGUGUUCAUCGUGCCCUUUAUUGGCUCUGAAAACUCUCUAAAUACCACCUCAGGCCACAAUGCCUCAGAUAGCUCUGCCACUGGUGACAAAAAGAAAAAGGUGUGUUACGAGAAUUUCACGCAGGCUCAGCUAAAUGUCCUCCUGCCUGUGCGUCUGGAGCUGUGUGUGGUGCUUUUCUUUAUCCCAUUCCUAAUUUGCAGUUUUUGCUACAUCAACUUCAUCAGGAUUCUGUCCAGGCUGCAGCACAUUGACCGGCGUCGUCGCCUGCGGGCCAUUGGCAUGGCUUUAGGAACACUGCUGGUGUUUGCUUUAUGUUUUGGCCCCUAUAACGUCUCACACAUUGUCGGUUUUAUUGCAUGGAAAAGUCCUGACUGGAGAGACAAGGCACUGCUCUGCAGCACUUUUAAUGCUUGUCUAGACCCUCUUAUUUUCUACCUCUCCUCCUCUGCUGUGAGAGGGACUGUGGGUAGUGUGAUGGAAGGGGUUAAGGGUCGCCUAAACAGGUGCAUGUCUUGCCACAUGCCCUGGGCCUUGUUGGGGGGGAUUAACAACACUGCAAAAGAUAAGGAACACAAACAAGAAGAGAUCAAUGCUAUCUAACGGACUGAAAGGAAGCUUUGAGUAGCUGUCUGAUGAACUUCCUAUUUGGAAACGAGACUGAGCCAGCCACAGAAGAUAUUAUGCAGUCUAAAGCCAUGGUGACAGGCUACGUUGAACUGUCACAUUCAAAGGAAAAACAUUUCUAACAUAAUUCAGAAGAUCUCCAUUUAUGAAGUUGCAGGUGUUGGGGAGUGCUGCGCUAGAGACAGCAACAAAACGAAUAUCUAAGCAACAGCUUCAGACGUUAUCUCUAAGCAAUAAGAGAUAAAGCUUUCCUACCAGCUUGAACCAUGAUCAGGAUAUGUCGUCUGUUUGUAAAAAGAUGCUCAUUAUGUGUGAUAUGUUGUGGUGAAAAACUCAAAGUCAAGUAUGUUGAAAAUGACAGGGCUUACAUGUAGAGUAUGCAGCUAAUUUACAGUGUGUUCUUUAUGUGAACAUAGUAUAUCUGUGUAUUUGCCUUACAUGGCAAUACAAUUUUAUAUUUAAACUAUGAUUUGAUUAGAAGCAUUUAGUUACACAUAUAUGGCAUAUGGAAUA